UUUUGAAACCCUACUCAUAUACCUACAUAGCACACUAUCGCUGAUACUAAAGCUGAUGGUGUUUUUCUUUUAACUACGCUGUUCCCUGUAUGUAUUCUCAUCUAUAUCGAUUUAAUAUUUAGCAAUGUAGGCCUACAAUAUUUGAGUAACUGUUGUAGAAGAAAAGGUGGAGAAUCUUGUAUUUGUUUGCCUGUUUGACUAUACAUUUCCUCUGAACUGUACCAAUUUAAACUUGUUGAACGAGAGGGAGAGAAAAUAAGAAAACUAACAAUACAACAAAAAGCAACAAUGUUGAAAUGAACAACGCGCACCCCUGUGCGCACUGCACUCGUUAAGUACCUUUGAAGUUCAGCAAACGGGCAACACUACGUACAGAGUUUGUAUGUUUAGAGGUUGUGUGAACGUGGAUUCAUUGCUGUUCUCUGAGUCGGUCUGUCGGUGACACUGGAUUAAUAUAGAGAAACUUCCGCAGCCUUCCAUAUCGCAAAAAUCUACGGAGGAGCGAGCAUGAGAUCCGGGAGUACGGUGCAGUAGGCGAGAGAAAAGACAGACAUCGAGUUGGAACGGGAGGAGGGAGUGGACGAAAAAACGAUUCAUACACUGGAUUUGAGAUGGCGCUGGCGAGCGACCCCGGUGCCGGCCAGCAGCAGACCCAGGCCCAGAAGGAUGCCGCGGACCAGAACUUUGACUACAUGUUCAAGCUCCUGAUCAUCGGCAACAGCAGCGUGGGGAAGACCAGCUUACUCUUCCGCUACGCUGAUGACUCCUUCACCUCUGCCUUCGUUUCCACCGUGGGCAUCGACUUCAAGGUUAAGACGGUCUACCGCAACGAGAAGAGGGUCAAGCUACAGAUCUGGGACACGGCGGGCCAGGAGCGUUACAGGACCAUCACCACAGCUUACUACAGAGGAGCCAUGGGCUUCCUGCUCAUGUAUGACAUCACCAACCAGGACUCCUUCUACGCUGUGCAGGACUGGGCGACCCAGAUCAAGACGUACUCGUGGGACAACGCCCAGGUGAUCCUGGUGGGGAACAAGGCUGACCUGGAGGACGACAGGCUGGUACCAGCGGAGGAUGGUCAGAGACUGGCUGACGAGCUGGUGUUCCAGUUCUUCGAGGCCAGUGCCAAAGACAACAUCAACGUGAAGCAGGUGUUCGAGCGUCUCGUCGACGUCAUCUGCGAGAAGAUGAGCGAGAGCGUGAAUGGGGAGCCCAGCCCAUUGGCCAAUCACACGGGCCCCAGCCUACAGGACACGCCCCCAGACAAGGGUGGCUGCUCCUGCUGAUAACGCCUUAAACAUACAUACCGUGUACAUGCUCGUGCACACACACACACUGAGAAAAUUAAAUACACAACCACUCCCACACACGCUCAUUGACUUGCCAGAAAUCUAGCGUUGUGAAUGUACUUUUGGUUUUGUAUAACAUUGUUGCUACUAUCCCUAUUACCGAAUGGUUCCCCAGUCUGUUGCACUCACUUUGCUUCUAACAACAGAUUUCACAUCAGUCCUCUUGUUUAGAAUGAGCUGAUGAAAUGUAUUUUGCUAUAAGAUAAGCUUCCCGGAGUAGUGUGAAGUUGUCCCUAGACUCUGAUCUUGGGUCAUUUUUACAUUUCCCCCACUAAUGGUUAGGAUUGGGGAGGGUAAGCUGAUCCUAGAUCUGUACCCAGGGGAGACUUCAUCUGGGGAUCUUCCCACAACCCAAGCCUAGCCUGAGAACUGUUGUUCAGUGCUGUAGUUCAGAUAUGUUUGAUUGUCUUGAUCAUACUGCCCCCAUGUGGAUGUUGAAUGUUACUGCAGCAAUAAUGGAAGCACCCUCUAAUAGUGUCAAUAGCUCAGGGAGUUUCUCCUGGCUGCGGUGUAAAAACCCAAGGCCCUAUACUAAGGGAGCGUCUAGAGGGCUGGCUUAUGAGGCUAUUGCUUAGGAAUGUUCAUCUGUAGCCUAUACACUGUAAAACCAAAAUGUCAGGUCAACUAUGACUGACCAACCAACUUGCCAAAGUUUCUUGACUCAACUAGAUGUUGGGGGUCAAUUCAAUUUCAAUUCAGGAACUGAACUGAAAUUCCAUUUUUAUUCUCAUGGAGUAGCGUUGAGGAGAAUUUAGAGUUUCAGUUUACUCCCUGCAUUGGCUGAAUUGAAAAGGAAUUGAUCCCCAACCGUGCUGGACCUUCCUGCCCUGCACUGUCCCACUAACUCCUGGAACUGAAUGAGCUAUUAGAUUCUACAUCAGACAUUGAAUGGAAAAACGCCUUACUAUAUUUGUGUAUGGUUUGGUUGUGUUUUUAUAGGUUAAUGUUUUAGUGCUCAGGUCAAAUGUAAAAGUCAUAGCAUGAUUUCGUUUGAUUAAUUUCAGUUAAUGACUGUCUGCUCAAUCCCCUCGAAAUGAACGAAAUAAAAAAAAUUAUGUAAAUUUAA